AGGAAUUAACAGAGCGACAAACCACCUCUGAUUUACUGUAAAUGUGUGCAGUUGUGGAUUGUGCUGGCAUUAACUCCGAAUCAAAUGCAAAGGUGAGUGUUGUUCGCCUUUUAAUAAAUGACUAAACGUGUAAGUGUAAUAAUUGUGAAAAACGCCCACCAUUUAUCUAAUGCAUUGUUUUUGGUUGCAGGAACAAUUUACAGGAUUUUGAACUUCACUGCAGACAUUUCCUCACAAGCGAUGCUUUGUUUAGGAGAUUCUGCUGACUGCCUCCGGGACCAAAUGCAGUGCAUGAUGAGAUCCUUGCAGGACCUGAAGCAGAUAAGCAGGCCUAGGCCACUGAGUGAACCAUGUGCUCGGUCUUUCGCUGUGACACGGCUCUGCAAACAGAAGGCACAGCAAGAGCGACUCAAUCGUCUACGUGUUUCUGACGCCAGUGAAGCCAGCACGUAUGACUCUGCCUGCUGCCUGGCCAGCCCCCUGGAAGAAGAGGAAGAGCAUCAGCAGCAUGAGCGUUUGACACAAGGCUCCCCAAGCAGUGAAAAGAGUCUGGACUUUGACUCGGGUUACUCUGAGGCCUCUUGGCAAGAUGAAGGUGUGGUGCUAAGGAGGACCAGGAAUGUGCGAGUCUCCUCCUCCGCCUGCCUCCGCACCAACAGAGGACCUUCUGGCCGAAUCCGGCCCAAAUCCACCUCGGACGCUUGCCUGGAGCGCUGGACCUCAUUUGAGGCCAGUAACCCAGAGGACUGGACAACAUCGCUGCUGAGCCGCAGCAGAAACAGACAGCCUCUGGUUCUUGGGGACAACAGCUUUGCUGACCUAAUAAAGAACUGGAUGGACCUACCAGAGUGUCCUGAGCCAGCAGAACCAAAGCCCAAUGUGGGCCGUCGCCUUGCCAAAGACAUUUUGAUCAACAUGCGGCGGAGAUUGGCAGGAAUGUCUAAAAGUGUGGAGGUGAGGCAGAGGCCCGCAGACUUCACAAGGCUCAGCAGGGCUGCAGAGGCUCCCAAACGGAUGUCCUGUCCAGUGGGACUCCAGGCUCUGAAACCCUUCUUUCACCAGUCCCACACAGGCCUUCAUCAACCGGACGCUGACUUCUACCAGUUCACUGCUCUAAUGAAGACAGGCAGCCGACAACCCAUCAUAUGCAAUGACAUUAUUGGAUACAUUUAAGUGACGCUGUAGCUCCAGACUGAUCAUAAACACAAAUUAGAAUAAAAUUGUUCUAUUUUCAUAAUUGGAUUUUGUCCACAAUGUUGAUACAUCUGGAAUAAAAGUUUUUUUUGGGGGAUUUAAUGAAAGUUUUCUGUUCCUGCCUGAAAUAUUAUUGUUAUUGUAGCCAUGCAUCAUUGAGUUUUACACAUUUUAAGCGUCUUCUCAAUCUUUCAUGUGCCGUUGUGAUAUUAUAGGGGCGAAAGGUGUCUGCUGUUUUCAUCAACGCAAUAUUUCUUGACACCUUUUAAGCUCACAGUUAGUAGUUGGGGGUAGAAUCUUUUUUCUUAAAGAGAAUCGAUAGAAUAGAUAUCCGCACACUUAUUCUAUGCAGAGUACACUUUAUUUUAGCUUUCGGUCUAAAGGACCUGAAUCAGAGCAGGUCCUUAUUAAGCCUGAAAGCUAAAAUAAAUUGUAUUCUGCGUAGAUCUAAGUGUGCGAAUAUCUAUUCCAUCAGUUUUAACUGUUUGAUACUUACAGCACCUUAUUUAAGAUUAAGCCAGGUGGAGUGGUGGUUGUCCUGAAUUUCUUUAAAAAAAUAAAACAACUAUCAACAUAAAAACCCACACAGUUAUGUUUCUUAAGCUUUGUAAACCAAGUAUAUUCAACAGGACCCUUUUCUGGUUACAAUGGGAGGUUUGGUGCAGUGUGCUCAUUGGUAAAGUAUGUUUGUGAAGGAACUGAAGUCUGUCAGUGAAGUACACAGAUAUAAUGGUUCCUCAAAGACGCAUUUAUUGAAUUAUAUGAAUCACAAACAGCAUCCUUCAAACACAGACUCAAGUACACAGUGCGGUAAGACCCUUAAAAGUAGUUCCAGUGAUAAUGUCAGAAGGGAGGGGGGGGGGGAUGCUCGUGUGUUUGGAGUGAGAUUUAAACAAGACAGCUGUGUCCAGAUGGCUAGAGCACCCCCGAACCAUCAAAGCACUGUACCUACUGUGCCAGCGGCCUGUUCUGACUGCACUCCUUUAACAUCGUGCUCAGUUUGACCUGAAUUAAACCUUGAAACCAAGCCAGUACUGCCCCAGCAGCUCCAGAUCUUCUAAUCCAUAUGCCUUGGCUGGCAUCUUCACAACCUCUUAGUCCGACCUCUCGAAAGACACAUUUUACUUGUAAAUGAGAACCAAAAGUUGGCAAAUGGAAAUUACAGUUUGCAAAGUUUAUGGUUUUGCUGUUAAAUCAAAAAAAGAGAAGUAGGAUCAUAACAAAAACAAAUGAUAAAAGUAUGCCAGUGAAAUAAUUCAAAAAUAUUUGUGGAAGAAAUAGAUAGACGCUGGAACAAAUCAUUCAGAUAUUAAUCUUUGUAAACAACAGCUAAAGCAACACAAGCAGGAUGUUUUUAACCGAUAUGAUGUAACAGGAGAGUUAAGUUUGCUUUGUCACAUUGAAAGGGUUCCAUGUGAUGCAUUUUCAAUGGAAACUGUGGAAACUUUGUAUUGGCGGCAUCACAAGAGCAUGUAUCCGAUAGUUGGGACUGUCACACAGUCCUCAUCUUCAGUGAACGAGGCGGUCAGCUCCAGCAUCUUCUUGUGCGGAGGGAUGUCUGUCUUGGUGACCAUCCUCACCACGUCAGAAACACUGCAAAAAUACACAGUAUAUUUACUUGAAGAGUCAAAGCUUAAUCAAUUAAUUCAUCCUACUAUCAAGUAUUUAUGUAUCCAAAGCUUUAUAAAGCGUAAUCCUCUGUGAGAUAGACCAUUCUGCUGCUGGAAAUACUCAAGAGGCACACAAAAGGUGUAUUAAUCAGUGGCUGAAAAUAGUCUCCAACAAAACUACUCUUUACUAUUCACUGUUGUUCACGUAAGGUUUUAGCCAAACUGCAGUGCCCAGCUGUUUUAAGAAACUAUUUCAUUUGUUCUUAAAAAUGCAACUAAACAUUUGUGACCUGUUUUUAAGGAUUUACAUCAUCAGUUGGAAGGAUCGGGCUUGGGGACACAGCCAUGGUUA